AUGACAGAUGUGUGUAACAGCACGGAUCUUCCAGAGGUGGAAAUCAUCAGUUUGCUGGAGGAGCAGCUCCCUCACUAUCAGCUGAGAGCAGACACUAUAUACGGCUAUGACCACGACGACUGGCUCCACACGCCACUCAUUUCCCCCGACAUCAACAUCGACCUGACCGUCGAGCAGAUCGAGGAGACCCUCAAAUACUUCCUUCUGUGUGCUGAUAGAGUGGGCCAGAUGACUAAGACGUACAAUGACAUCGAUGCUGUUACACGUUUGCUUGAAGAGAAAGAACGGGACUUGGAGUUAGCAGCACGCAUAGGACAGUCACUGCUGAAGAAAAACAAAACCCUGAGUGAAAGAAAUGAGUUUCUGGAAGAGCAGGUGGAGCACAUAAGGGAGGAGGUUUCUCAGCUGCGUCAUGAUCUCUCUAUGAAGGAUGAACUGCUCCAGUUCUAUACCAGUGCUGCUGAGGAAAGCGAGGGAGAGUCGGUCACCUCUACCCCGAUCCCACGGAAUGAUCCCUUACUGUCAGUGCCAAAUUUCUUCCCACUGGACUCGCUGCAAAAAAAGCUCCAAGACCUGGAGGAGGAGAACGUUGUGCUGCGGUCUGAGGCGUGUCACCUGGAGACAGAGACCAUCUCAUACGAGGAGAAGGAACAGCAGCUGGUUAAUGACUGUGUGAAAGAGCUCAGGGAUGCUAACCUACAGAUCUCGUCACUUGCGGAGGAGCUGGCGAAGAAGACGGAAGAUGCAUCCAGGCAACAGGAAGAGAUAACGCACUUGCUCUCUCAGAUUGUAGACCUCCAGAAAAAGGUUAAAUGUUAUGCCUUAGAAAAUGAGGAGCUCACACAGCAUCUGGGAGCUGCCAAGGAUGCGCAGAGACAACUUACUGCUGAGCUACGUGAGCUGGAGGAUAAAUAUGCAGAGUGUAUGGAGAUGCUGCAUGAAGCCCAAGAGGAGUUAAAGAACUUCAGGAACAAGACAGUGCCUCAAAGCACACCGCGUCGCUUUCACUCGCUCGGCUUUUUCCCCAUGGACUCCUUAGCUGCUGAAAUUGAAGGGACUAUGAGGAAAGAGAUUCAGAUGUCUGACCCAGAAGUGGAAGAUCAGAGGUUACACCCGAAGAAAGUAUUCCAAACAGUGCGCAACCUCAAUCAGGUGGUUCGCCAGCGCUCGCUCUGUCCUUCCCCCAUGAACAUCCCCGGCUCCAAUCAGACGUCUUCCAUGAAUUCUCGACACUCCAGCUGCUUGAGCACACCUAGAUCCAGUGUUUAUGGAGGAGAAGGGAGUGUCACCGACAACCGCACCAACAGCAUGAUGCUGGAAAGUCACAGUCCACAGGAAUGUUUAGAAGACUCGAACAAGAAGCCUGGUAUUCCUGGCACACCCGGUUCUCACGACCUAGAGGCAGCACUACGGAGGCUCUCGCUUCGACGCGACAACUACCUGAGCGAGCGGCACUUUUUUGAGGAAGAAAGAGAACGCAAGCUGCUGGCACUAGCUGCGGAGAAGAGAGAGCCAUGUGGAGACAGUGAUGGAGAAGGAGGAGGAUCACUCACACAUGAAGACAGCAUCCUGUCUCUGGGCACUUUGCACUCUGUCUACUCUUUCUACAGCAAUCGUUCCUACCUGCCUGAGAAGCUGCAGAUCGUCAAGCCUUUGGAAGGGUCUGCGACGCUGCAUGCGUGGCAGCAGCUGGCUCAACCUAACCUUGGUGGCAUUCUGGAUGCUCGGCCAGGGGUAGUGACCAAAGGCUUCCGCCAUCUCCAUCUUGACCUUGAGGAAGUUUUUAAAUUUACAGACUUGGAGGAAGAUGAACCAGGAGCGCAUCAGAAUUCUCCACCCACUCUCUCUACCUCAGGCCUGGGAUCGUUGCCCUGUUCACCAAAAUCCAACCUGCACCGGCCGGGGGAGCAGCACCGUGAAGAGAGACGUGGGCCAGAGCCAGGGGUUCAGGAGACAAAUGGAGAAGCACAGGACGAGGCAGAGAAUUUGGCAUCUGCGUACAGUGAACUCACAACUACCUCAUCGCUGCCUGCCAUGUGCUGUCACAGUGGUUUUGAGUAUAUGCAUUUUCCUGGUAAAUGUAUGUCUCACACAAACUCCACGUACACUUUCACUACCUGCCGGAUUCUCCACCCCUCUGAUGAGCUGACCAGAGUCACUCCCAGUGUGAUGGCAGCAGGUCCCUCCAUGGCCCCCUGUGUGAAGAGCAUCAAUAGUGUGCACUCUACGCCAGCCUCUACCCCCUGCACGCCACGCCGCCUCAGCCUGGCUGAGAGCUUCACUAAUCUCCGGGAGCAUACCAAGACCACCAGCACCUCUCUGGGCUUGGUACGCCUCCUACAGCAACGUGGGAUUUCUGCAACUGUCUACAACCCUCACAGCUGGGACCGGGCUGAAAACACACCUAACAAAGCCACCUGUUUCAGAACAUUCCCCAGUGCCCCAGGCCAAGACACCCUGCCCUCGACACCCCCAAACUCUCCCACCAAAUCUAAACCCAGCAGUCCUGUGCUGCCUAUAGACUUCAGCCCCUCUGACCCACCUUAUGAGAACUUCCUUGCUUCACGGCCCGCCAGUUCUAUUCUGAAGGAGAUGCGGGGCGCUGAGACCAAGCUGCGCACGGAAUCCCAGUGCCAGACAGACAUGAGCAUACACAAUCUGCAGCUUGUGGACAAGGUAAAACGCUUCAGCCUUGGCCCAAGAGCUGUAACUCCAGGUCCAGGGCUUGGUUUAGCCACGCCUCACUUCGGGACGCAACCUGGACUGCCCAGCCCCAUAGGAGGACUGACUGGAAUUCGGAGAAACCGAAGUUACCCGGUUAUGGUAGGGGCUAGUAUGGCAAUGAAGGGAUUGGGGCCACAUAGUGAAGACUUGCUCCUGCCCCCCAAACAUUCUAUACAAGAUGGCCUCAGUGAGGAGUGAGCACUACCUCACUGUCAUCUCUGUAUAUAUGUGGAAAAAUACAUUGUUCUCAUAGCAGAUCAACUGCGCCUGUAAAAGAGAUUUGUAUAGAUAAUUUUGUAUAGUAUCUGUAAAUUUAAUACCAUUUUAUUACUAUUUUGUCACACAUACACUGCAAUUCAGCCAGGCCACAGUAUGUUUUGUUGAUUCUUUAAUCCCCUACUGUUUAAAAUGUGAAAUAAUUGCACUUCUGCAUCACAAAAAACUGUAGCAUAAGGCCUUUUUGUAAGCACUUUGAUUUUGACUGCUUAAGCAUUACUCUGCUAAAAAACACCAUGACCCUGUAAUCAUAUAUAUUGUGCUAAUGUGCUCUUCCAAAGCCCAAAACACCUCUGAUUGGCUUAUACAAAAAAGCUGAAACACUAAUAACAUCCUUAUGCUAAUCCUAGACAGAACAAUAAAAAACGUGUUAGCACCCAGUUAAUGCCGCUGAUUUUAACCCUUUCUGCGCCCUCAGAAGAAUCCUAUUAAAUUAUUAAUGUUUAAAAUAGCAUAGAUGUACUUGCCCACACCAUUAUUUCUGUAAUUGCCUACAUCAGCCUUACAUGGCCGUGUACGACUGCAUCAUAGCAUAUUAAAUCUUUCAAAUGGUUUGUUAUAUAAUGCUUAUUACCAUGUAAUAAACAUUUUAAACAGCCCUUAAAAGGGGCCCUGUUAGGAAAUCUGCAGUAGCACAACAAGGGGAAUGCACAGUACUGUACUUUAUCUGAGAGUUCAGGGUUGUAGUGAAGAGCUGUAAGGAAUCAAAGACAGGUGUUUCAGUGGUAGGAAUGGGGGCUAGACCAAUGUUCUUUAUAAGUGUGUGAAUUAACAAGCCAUUUAAAAAAAACAACAACUCAAAGGCAAAAUAUUUACAACCUCCAGGAUAACAAUGGUGUCCAGUUCUUCUGAUAGAAACGUGAAACUCCGCACUGAAGCUUCUGACCAGUAUCCUGUUCUAUUUCAAAGCUGUAAAAGUGUGUGUGUUUUAGAUGAGAGGUCAUUUCUCUCCAAAGACUGAUCCGUAAGCUUUAAUUGCAUUGUGCGAGUUUGUCCUUGGACAGCAGAUUCCUAGUGCCUGAUGUCAAUAAUUGAUGAUUGAACCUUAUUUUGAGUGACUAAAGACUUUGCCUCAGAAUGUAUGUGUUAACACUGUAACUACGGUUGGUGCUGCCCUAACAGAAAGGUUUUUAAUGUUGCAAUGAAGUUUUGAAUUUAAUAUAUGAAGGAUAUUUGAUUCUCGAGAAAUGACGUUGUCUAGAAAGCACAUAACUAAUUUUGGUCUAAACUAUGCCUGUAUUUUUUUAUAAAUAUUAUUAUUGCAAUCAUGUUCUUAGUUGCAUUGAAAGGUUGUUACAGAGGUAUAUGCACUUCCCCUCGACUUGAAUAUAUUGGUAUUGAAUGUAUUGCAGAAUCACAGAAGGGUGUCCUACAUGACUGAAUGUUCAUUGCAGUUACGAGUUUUAUUUCCUGACGCCACAUAAAGGGAAGAUUUGUCACUUGUACACUGUAAAUUGUAAAGAUAGAAAUAUGUUUUAUAUAAAAUACCAUACAUUACUGAGUAAAUGAAGUGUCCGAAAGAAAAAAAAAUACUGAUUAGUUUUCAGGAAGUUUGAAUGCAGAAAAGUCAUCAAUAAAUGAAUUAAUGCAA